AUUCAGUCCGGCCACGCACUCAAGCAAUCAUCGUUCUUUCGAAACGCAACAGCAAGAAGAACAACCACGCACAUCGCCGUUCCAUCGAUUCAUGGGUCGCCUCGGCACCGCGACGACGCUGGUGGCCCUCGCGGCCUGCCUCCUCUACUGCUCUGCUUCGUCGGCGACGCUGGCCUACGCCGGCGCUGCGCCGACGGACCUUGGGGCGCUGCGGCCGACGUGCGACGGGACGCUUGGGCAGUGCGCGGUGGGGAGCGACGAGGAGCAGGAGGUGGGCGGCAGCGACGCGUUCCUGCGGCGGGCGCUGGCGCAGCGGCAGCCCACCAACCGGUACAUCAGCUACGCGGCGCUGCGCGCGGAUCAGGUGCCGUGCAACCAGCGCGGCCGCUCUUACUACAGCAACUGCGCGUCGCAGAAGCCCGCCAACCCCUACCGCCGCGGAUGCUCCGCCAUCACCCGAUGCGCACGCAACACCAACUGACCCAUCCGAUUUAUCAUUCCUAGCUAAAUUCUCAUCCAUGACGGUUGACGGCGUGACCGUAUGAUUUGAGGAUUAUAUAUAAAUAUAUUGGGCGCAUCCAAGAGAUCCAGCCAUGGCAGAUGUGGAUCCAUCCAUUGACGUGCAGGUCCAUCCAGAGGUAGAGGAGGAAGACAGGGAACACAUGUCCAAGUGUUGUUUGGAUUGACAUGGAUGUUUCCACUUUUUUGUGUUAAUUUAUCUUUUUGUGAUGAAUGAUCGACGUCUACGUAUGUACCAUAAGUACUAGUAGUUCCAUUAUUGUUUUGAUUUUUUAUGGCUUUUG